CCCGUCCCUUUUUUUCUGUUGCUUUUUCUACUCCUGAACUGAAAAGUGAUCAAACAGCCAACGGCCCGCCCGUUGAAGUUAUUUCUUCUGCCUCUGCAUCAUCUACAACCUCCUCUCCCACCGCUUUCUUCUCUCUUCCCUUCUCCUCCGCUCUUUUCUUUCACCUUUUACCAAUUCCACCCCGACAAAAGCCCCUCCGCUAGCGACUUACGUCCCGCUCCACAACUGGAACGAGGAAUUGCCAGCCCAGACCUAGACCCAGCCCUCGACAACUCCGUCGCCCGAUCGUCCGUGGUCGCUUGUUUAAUUACAUUUUCCCCCUACACCCCUGGUCUGAAUAAACAAUCGACAUCCGCCUCGCGCUCACUCGUUGAAACUUCUACGAGUCCCCCAAAGGUCAACUGCCGCACGUGAGACCGUCUGGAACACUUCGCGAUCCCCUCACCAACCGACGACUCUCGUGGCGCUGCAAUCAUCUAUGACGUUCUGAAAGACGACCUCUUCUCCCUCCGAGGAAGACAACAUACAAAGAAGCCCUUUGUGGCCUUGACAGCUUUUGCGACAUACAUCGCCGUUGACGAUUACGAGAACUGAGACACCGCGCAUUUCUUUCGCAACUUAGCCAUGGCGACCUCGCCCCCGGCCUCGCCGGGAGGAAUCCCUCAAAGGCCCAUGAGCGCCAUCGCAAGAGCCCACCCUAGAAGCAGUAGCAGGUUGAGCAUGACGAGCAAGACUGGAGGCGGGAGCAGAGCCUCAGACGACGAAAGUCGGACGGCGGUCAAAGUCGGUAAGUCGACCGUUGUCACCAAACUUUCGGGUUACUAAUGCUUGUUCGUUGUCAGCCGUUCGAGUACGACCGCCGUUGAACCCUAACGAUCCUGGAUAUGAUCUGAUUCCGCAGCGAUUUCAACGAGCUAUGGUCCAAACGACCUCCGAUACCAGCCUUGCAAUCGAUUCCCCGCAAGGUCGCAAACUAUUUGUUUUCGACCGAGUCUUCAGCUCAGAUACACAACAGGAGGGCGUGUGGGAUUAUGUGUCGGACUGCAUUGGCGCUUUCACCCAAGGUUACAAUGUAUCCUUAAUGGCAUAUGGCCAGUCUGGUGCUGGCAAAUCAUACACCAUGGGUACUUCAGGCCCAGGUGAACAAUAUGACCAAGAGCUGAUGGGUGUCAUUCCCAGAGCUGCCAUAGCGCUCUUUGAAAAGCUCGAUACUCCCGAGACCCCAAAGUCCAAAGCCAAGGCGAACCGCAGUUCUCUUUCCCAUCUCAAAGGUCCACGAGGAUUUAGCCAGCAGAAUACGCUUGGUGACCGCGAGUGGUCGCUGAAAGCUACAUAUGUCGAGAUUUACAACGAACAGCUUCGCGAUCUCCUCGUCCCCGAAACGACCCCGAUGAACGAGCGCGGCAAUGUGGCCAUUCGCGAAGACACAAAGGGAAACAUCAUCUUGACAGGCCUUCGACAAGUCGACAUCAACUCGGUGGACGACCUCAUGAAUGCUCUGAACUUCGGCUCCUCUAUUCGCCAGACCGAUGCCACGGCUAUCAACGCCAAGUCGUCGCGAUCCCAUGCUGUUUUCUCACUUAACCUAGUUCAGCGCAAGAACAAGUCGUCCGGCCAGGGCGCCGAGAAGCGCUUCUCCGUACCACUCGAAGCGAUGACGGGCCAGGAUGUUACUGUGACAACCGACAGCAAACUUCACUUUGUGGAUUUGGCUGGAAGUGAAAGACUGAAGAACACUGGAGCUCAGGGCGAUCGAGCAAAGGAGGGUAUCUCUAUUAAUGCCGGUCUUGCCGCCCUUGGUAAAGUUAUCAGCCAGCUUUCGUCAAGAAACCCUGGCUCCCACGUCUCGUACCGCGACUCUCGACUUACUCGACUGCUGCAAGAUUCGCUCGGUGGUAAUGCCAUCACUUACAUGAUUGCCUGUGUUACGCCGGCCGAAUUCCACUUGAGCGAGACCCUGAACACCGUCCAGUAUGCCCAACGAGCUCGAGCGAUUCAAUCGAAACCGCGCAUUCAGCAAGUCGAAGAGGGCGAUAAGCAAUCUGUGAUUGACCGCCUCAAGGCUGAGGUUGCCUUCCUCCGUGAACAAAUUCGCAGUGCCGAACAUGGAGGCAACAGCCCUCGACGUAACGCGCAAGGAAUUGCUGAUCGAUCUGAGCGCCAAAACGAGCGCGAGACUGAGCUCCAGAACCAACUACUGGACACUCAAGAGAGCUAUACCGCCUUGAGCCAGCGUCAUGCUCGACUAAUUGCUGAGUUGGCGCGCGCUCGUGAAAACGAAUCUGGCGCGGACCACCAUGAGGAAUCGGGUGAUACGGCAGAUGACCGCCUCAACCGAUCGAAUUCAUUUGCGCAAGCUGUUGAGCAAGUCGUUAUGGAAUACGAGAAAACGAUUCAGUCUCUCGAGCAGUCCCUCUCUUCUACUCGCGGCACUCUCUCUAACACCGAGGCUAAUCUUCUCGAGAAGGAGACGAAAUGCGCUUACGUCGAAACUAUCAACUCACAGCUCCAGAGCCGUCUCCAGAAGCUCAUGGACCGAGAGAAUAAUACUGAGAGUUAUCUACACGAUCUUGAAGCCAAGUUGGAUGGACAUACCAACGGCGAAGAGAAGAACGCCACGAUCAUUAUGGAACUUCGUAAGGAGAUUUCCCGUGUUCGAGAGAAUGAGGCGUCAUGCGAAGACUACAUCUCAACCCUUGAAGAACGUCUUGCUGAGGCGGACCAAGAUGCCGAGUUGAUGCAACGUGAAAUCGACCGACUUGAGCAAGUGGUUGAGCGACAAAGAAGUCUCGGUAAGCUCGACUCGCUUCUCCAGGAGCUUGACCAGAUCCAAGAUGGCAAGGAACCCGGGACCGAGAACGGAACCGACCACAAUGCUGAGCAAACCAACGGUGUUGCGUCUCGUCGCGCUAUGGCCGAACACUCUCGAAACCUUUCCCACGUUAGUCGUCAUAGCCAAAUGGAGGACCCGAUUCCAGAGGGUGACGAGGAAGACCACCCUCAUACCAAGAUUGGCCCUGUCAAGGAAGUCGAUGAGGAUCUUCUGCGUCUUGAGAAGCCAACCGAAGAGGGUCCUCCACCAAGCCCAGCUCAAUCCAAGUUUGUUGCUGACAAGCUUGAGAAUGUUACCCAGGAGCUUAUUGACUUGCGCGUGGAGCACGAGUCGACUCUUCAUGACUAUGACUCCCUCCACGCCAAGUACGAGGAUGCUAUGCGUAAGAUUGCUGAGAUGCAGGAUGCCGUUGAUGAGGCCCGUCAUGUCAACCCCAAGCGCGAGUCGGUUAUUUCUGUGGCCACACCGACCCAUACCCGACCCGAGUCUUUCCUUUCUGACUCUAGAACAAAUGAUCUGAAGGCUGGGCCAAGGUCAUCCUUUACGCGAUCGCUCUCUUCGGAAUUAUCCUCAGCCAUGGAUUCUCCUGCCACUGCCGCUUCAUCGAACGGUGACAUCUUGUCUGACGACGAAACUGCUACCACGAAGCCCGCAGCCGCAUCGACGGAGAACUUGCCCCAGGACGAUAAUGUUGAGAUUGCUGCAGAGCUCCAAAGACUCAAGUCAAUGGCCCAGGAACGUGAAGCUGCUGAACGAGAAUUGGCCGAGAGAUAUGCUCAGCUUGAGUUCAAGCACAACGAGACCCUCGAUAUUGUUGAGGAGCUCAAGACUGACCUAUCUCGUGCCCGUGUCAUGGAAGCUACAUCACCUCGUUCCAGCACUCCUGUUAUUCGACGCAAGUCAAGUCAGAACCUGCUCGUUGUCGACCGUGCCCAGCGCUCAUUUUCAUCACUGCGAAACAUUGCUUCUGAGCACUUCGGCGCUCAGCCCGAGGCCAUGCAGAGCUUCGAGCUGAACUUGAAUGCCGCGAUCCAUGAACUGCACGUCAGGAGCGAACGCAUUCAGGAACUAGAAGCAGACGUUGCAGCAGCGAAGAAGGAGAUGGAAACCAAGAUGACCAUCAUCUCGGGACUGACAAGAGAACGAUCCAGUCUCAAGGCCAGCCCUGUAGAGAUGUCCAUGGUGGCAACACUGCGGGAUCAGCUUGAGCAGAAUGAGAGACAACUUUGUGAUACGAGGAACGCUCACAUGGCUCGUGAGCAAGCACUCACAACUGAGCUUGAGUCACUGCGACAAGCACUUGCUGCCAAGUCUAGUCUCCAGGAGCCCAACAAUGCUGACUCCAAGCAUGAGCAGCGUGUUGCCGAGCUCCAGACUGAGCUGGCUACCUGGGAGCAGAAGCACAAGGAGGCGCUUGAUUCCAUGGCAACAACAGAAACCCAGAUGCGGGGUACGAUUGAGGAGCUUGAGGCUCGAGUUGUUUCUAACCAUGCUCAAAUCUCUGCCUCUCGAUCCCAGAAUGGCGAUAAGGAUGAGCCAAACAGCGAUGCUGAGCAACGACAACAGAACCUUAUCAGCUUCCUUCGCAACGAGAUUGAUGAGUACAAGGCGAUCAUCAACAGCAAUGCUACCAAGGUUGCUGAACUGGAGCAGGCUCAUGCUGCUGCUCGCGCCGAGUUGGACGAGCUCCACAAGACUCACAACGCUGUGCAAGAGGACAACUCCCGACAGCUAGAGCUUAUUGCCAAGCUUCAGGGGCAGAUCGCAGCCCAUGAUGAGGGCGCGAAGAGUAACGAGACAUCGCUCGAGGAGCUCAAGGCUGAGCACGCUAAGGCCCUGGCUGAUCUUAAGACGACCGAGCAGAAGGGCUACGAAGAGCAGGUUGAAGUGUUGCUAUCCGAGCAUGCCGAGAGUGCUCUCCGAUUGGAGACUGAGCUUGCAGAGAUUCGCGAUGAACUCAACAAGGCAGCUUCCCAUGUCGCCAUGGCUCUUGGCCUUGACGCUGAUGCAGAGAAGUUGGUGGAGCGUAUCGAUGAGCUUGCUGCUAGCAAGAAGGUUCUUGACGAGGAGCAGGCCAAGCGGGCCGAGAUUGAGUCACAUGUCAACGAGCUCACAUCUAUUAAUGAGAAGAUCAUGAAGGAUCUUGAAGACGCCAAGGUUGCUUUGGCUGAAAUGCUUGAUGGAGGUGCUGGCUCUGGUCCUCUAGUUGAGCAGAUCAAGAUCGCCAAGAAGAGGAUGACAGAUCUUGAUGACCGAAGCAAGAAGAACAGCAGACUUGUGGAGGAGCUUGAGGAGCAGCUCCAGAAUAACUUUGACGAGGUUCAAAUCACCAAUAACCGAUUGAGCACCCUGCAGACGGAACGUAACAGUCAAUUGGUUGAGGCCAAUGCCGCUACUGCACGCCUCACUGCCGAAUUACAGGUCUUAAAGGAAGAUUAUGCAGCUCUCCAGACUAAGAUGGACGAAGUGGCGGCUGGCGUCCAGCGGUCAAACUCUAACUCGACCAUUCGCAAGAGCGCAUCUCACGUCUCCCUCCCAUCACCCCCACCAGCUAUCCCUCUCCCCCCUCUGCCAAACGGUGCGGGAUCUCCUGUCAAUGGAGCUCCCAGCUCACCCACCAACGGACGUCCUAUCAGCAAGGACAACAUUAACAUCUCUCAUAUUACUGAAGACCAGGAAGCGCGUAUCCGAACCAUCGAGAAGCACCUUAAUGCGGAGCGUCAGCUUACCCAGACACUCGAGGAGGCUCUUACCGACCUGGAAAGGCAAUCUAAUAAAGUUAAGGCCGAUUGUGAUGCCUGGAAGAAGCGUGCUGGUGAGCUAGAGGUCGAGGUCAAGGAGCUCAAGGACCGCCCUCCUCCCGAGCCUGUUCAGGACAACAGAUGGAGUCUCCAAGCUGUGGAGGAGGAGCGCAAGAAGCGACAGGCUGCCGAGGCUGCCCGUCGCCAGCUCGAGGAGCGUAUGAAUGCCAUCAACAAGGGCAAGAAGAAGAAGGGAAGCUUGAACUGCUUCUAGAGGAGGCGAAGCUGUGACUAGCCGGCUUUUGCGCGGCCCGCCCCGGAGUCUUUGAUCACGGGACACACAUUCAGCAUUGGGGGGUUGAUUGGGAUGGGAUUCUUUUUGCAACGCCUUUAUGUGUCAUCACGUUUCUGAUUUGAUGUUGUUCACUAUAUUCCCCCUCGAGUUUUAUUGUCGGUCUGGCGCUCUUUUUCGUCGUCGGGCAUCCCAACCAAGUUUUCAAGCACUGGCCAGGAGUUUGGAGGAUUCUUUUUUUUUUAACUUUUUGUUGUUUUUACUACCCUGUGAAGAAGGGGGGGAUUUAUCACAUACACGAGCGGCUCGAUGCAUAAAGAUGUCAUUUUGGGUGUCUGUCUUGGUACAUGUGUAAUUUUCUUCUUUUCGAUUUGACUCCCUUUGAUUUCAAGGGAGAUUUUAGGGUGGCGGACUUUGAUUCAAAGAAUGAAGCGGAAGAUGGGAUGAUUCUUAUGAGGGGGGACCCAUUGAUUUUGGGUUUCGCAUUACAAAUUACAUAUAGGGAAACAAAAACGUGGUUUUUUGUUUCCGAAGACGAUAGUGGUAAAUACUAGUUUCAAAGACCUUACUCAUUCGCCUUGAUCGUUUUCUUCUGAGGGGAGUAGUUCUGGGAACCAGCCGUACUGGGAGAAGUCUACUGAGUGUUCGCCCAUUGCGUUUGUCUCGACUUGUACGGCUUCUGCUUGGAGGGCAUCAGCUUGUGAGCGGGAUCCUCCAGGUUGAGAUCUACAAAGCGAUAUUUGGCCUUUGGAGUUUAUCACUCUUUGCCAUGGAACGUUUUCAUGGUUGAAGGGCUGAGACGGAUCGGCGGGAAGGUGCUUUAGACAGACGCCGACUUGACGAGGUCUUUGAGCUGUGACAUGUUAGUGACUUGAGGUUUUGGGUGUGUGAGGGUUUGGUACGGGUUCCAACGAGCAUGGCGAUGUGGCCGUAUGUCGUGACUUUGCCGUGGGGGAUCUCUUGAACGGCUGAGUAUACGGCGUGGAAGAAGGCUUGUGCUUCGUCUGACCGGGGCAUUAUGAUGGUGUAUGGGACAUAAGCAAAUGCUUUGAGUAGUUACAAUGAAGAAUAAUGGUGUAUGAGCAGGUUGAAGCU